AUGAGUAUAGCUGCAUAUGCGUAUGAAGCUGACAGAGCUAAACGUUUAUAUUUUGGUCAAUACUCUCUCACACUUACUGACAAAUAUAUUGUUAUCAGUGAUGGAAAUACCGAGAAAUACAUAACAUGGAAGGACUAUGAAAAGUUUGACCCUAUUUUAACUCCAUGUACAAUGCCAUUCAUUGUAAAUGGUGAAGUUGUCAUGAAGAACGACACAACAGUAUAUAAGUCUGUAUAUGAAGCAUUAGAAUAUAUGUUGAAUUAUAAUCCCGAAAGAUUUGACCCAAGCACUACACCAUGUGCAAUGCCUUUUAUUAAGGACGGUGAAAUCGUAAGAGUUCCGGAUUCAACGGUUUAUACUGCUGUUCAAAACAGUUUACAAAACAUUUUAGCGAAUAUCUUUAAUUCAGAAACUACAGAAAUAAAAUUACCAUAUAUAACAGAUGCUAAAGAAAUUAAAUCAAAAACGACAACAUUAUUUACGUCACUUAAUGAUUUAAUGACUUAUAUCAUUAAUAUUCCUGCACCAACUACAGCAUUUGAUCCAAACUCGACAGUUUGCAGUGUACCUUUCAUAAAGUCGCAAACGGACUCUUUGAGUCCUGAAGGUCUUUCAGACCGAAGCGACCAGGGCGAAGCCCAUGACAGUUCAGUAAUUGUUUUAAGGGAUUCAACA